AUGCGACCACCAAUACCCAUCAAUUUGAUUAUUCGCGCUUGCUUACUGUGUGUCGCCUUGCUAUCGCCAUUUGUUGCGACUGGAUCUCCUGAUUCCAAUCCAGUCCCCACUAUCACAACCGAUCGUGAUGAUAUCACCAUUUUACGAGCGCGGGCUGAGAAUCAGUUCUUGCUCCGGAUUAUGCCAUUGGGAGCAUCCAUCACCAAUGGAUAUCGUUCAACAGGACACAAUGGCUACCGGAACUGGAUCAGACAGCAGCUCCGUUACGAGGGCUGGGAUGUGGAGAUGGUCGGGAGUUUAAGGAAUGGCACGAUGAUUGACAAUUUCAAUGAGGGUCAUUUUGGCUUUAGAGUUGAUCAGCUAUCCAAAGAAGCUGUGAAAACUACCCCGCAACAGCCCAAUUUGAUCCUGCUCAACGCCGGCACCGACGACGCAUUACAAAAUCACCACGUUGGCACCACUGGAGUCCGAAUGAAUUCUCUUCUUGAUCUCCUCUUUGAGAAAGUUCCCAACACGACAAUCAUUCUCUCGACGCUGCUGCCAAACAAGAAAUCGCCACAAGUGGUCGAAUGGAUCAGCGACCAGUAUCGCGUGCUUGCUGCCAAGCGACGCAAAAGCGGCGAUCGAAUCGUUUUAGCCGACAUGAGCAGUUUUAUUAAAUUGGACGAAUUGGCCGAUGCAACUCACCCGACAGACGUUGGGUAUAAGAGAAUGGCAUCGGUGUGGUGGGCCGCAAUUGAAGAUGCAUUACAGGAGAACAUGAUCCAACGGUUCAAUUACACAAUCACAAACAAACUGGAAAAGGCCUUGGACAACAGUACCAGCAAUCCCAAUCUGCCUUCCUACACGGCCCCUCCCCAGCCUACAAAUACCAAUCAUGGAGUUCCCCGUUUUCCGCGAAGAAUAUCCCUAAUAGUGGGGAUUUUCCUUGUCCUUGUCAUGCAAUUUGACACUAUUCUUCAGUUUCCCUACCCAUUCACCAAAUCUCGAUCAGACUUUAAAUCCAUUGCGUAUUCUGCCCUUCAAAAUACCUUCGACCACUCGAUCAAAAAGCAACGAAAGAAGGAGGGUGAGCUAGAGCCGGCAGCUGCUAUGCUGGCGAAAAAGAAGAAGGUGAUGCUGUAG